AUGCCAUCAACAACUUCUCAACCUACUUCAUCAAUCAGCUCCACAUGCUCAAGCAUCAUCAGUUCCGUCUUGGACAACAUCCUACCUACUGUCUCGGCUGAAUCAUCUAACCCCGAAGCAGAAAAGGAGGAGGAGACGGAGGAAGAGGAAGAAGAAGAAGAACCCGAAGACCCCGCACCUGCAAUUCGUGAUGAAUGUACUGAGACUAAAUGUGCUAAAUAUAAACAUCAUUUCGAUCAUUGUCAAGAAAAAGUAAAUGAAGGUAAAGGUGUAGAAGGUGAAGAUUGUGUAGAAGAAAUGUUUCAUUUGAUGCAUUGUGUUGAUGGAUGUGCUGUACCCAAAGUUUUCUCUAAACUUGUUUAA